AUGGCGCGAAAAAGUUUUUUAUUCCUUAUCACUUUGUUGCUAGUGUUCUCUUCUUGUGAAAUGAAAAGGAGGAAAAUAAAGGAUUACCCGACAGAGAAACAGCUAUUAUUACAAAGAAAAGAAACUACUCCAGUGGAUUUUACGAGACUUGUUGUGAUGAGACUGGUGUAUGGGUUCGCGAAAGUACUGGGUUUUGAAGAACCGAUCAGUGAAGUGUUGAAUGGUGCCCUCGUGCCCCCUGGAGCUGACGAUGAUGACUUUGAUGAUGAUGAUGAUGAUGGUAUUUUUGACGACUAUUAA